AUGGCAGACAGCUCAGCACACCGACUUGACCUUCGUGUCGGUGGGAAAUACAGGCUCGGCAAGAAGAUUGGCUCAGGUUCCUUCGGUGAUAUCUAUCUCGGGAUCAACAUCAUCUCUGGCGAGGAGGUCGCUAUCAAACUUGAGUCAGUAAAGGCAAAGCACCCCCAGCUCGAGUACGAGUCAAAGGUAUACAAAACCCUUGCCGGCGGUGUCGGUGUUCCUUUCGUGCGCUGGUUUGGCACUGAGUGCGAUUACAAUGCCAUGGUCUUGGACCUUCUCGGACCCUCUUUAGAAGACCUUUUCAAUUUUUGCAACCGCAAAUUCACCCUCAAGACUGUCUUGCUCCUUGCCGACCAACUCAUAUCCCGUAUCGAGUACAUCCACUCACGCAACUUUAUUCACCGGGAUAUCAAGCCAGACAACUUUCUCAUGGGCAUAGGCAAGCGUGGCAAUCAAGUUAAUGUCAUCGACUUUGGUCUCGCGAAGAAAUUCCGUGACCCAAAGACCCACUUGCACAUUCCCUACAGGGAAAAUAAGAACUUGACCGGUACCGCUCGCUACACCUCAAUCAACACCCAUUUGGGGGUUGAGCAGGCUCGUCGCGAUGACCUUGAGUCACUCGCCUACGUCCUGAUGUACUUCUUACGCGGCGCCCUUCCUUGGCAGGGACUCAAGGCUGCUACUAAGAAGCAGAAAUAUGACAGGAUCAUGGAGAAGAAGAUGACUACUCCCACCGAUAUCCUUUGCCGCGGCUUCCCCAACGAGUUCGGCAUUUUCUUGAACUACACUCGCGCACUUCGCUUUGAUGACAAGCCUGAUUAUUCUUACCUCCGCAAGCUCUUCCGCGACCUUUUCGUUCGCGAGGGCUUCCAGUAUGACUACGUCUUCGACUGGUCUGUGCAGCGUGGCGCCCAAGAUGACGGCGCCAGCACCAGCCAAAAGGCUGCUACUGGCAGGCGAAAGGUCGUUCAAGAGGAAGAAGAACACCGUGCAAGCGACAGGAUGUAG